CCUCACCCCCAUUCAAACAGAAAGCUGGAACCGUCGGAUUAGGCAAUCUCGGUUGAAGGCGAGGAUAAUUCCGAAAUCUGCAGCCACAUCUCGAAGCAGGAAUCGUCGCCGACGCCGCCAAAGUGGUGAAUUAGCAGGCGAUGGGGAAAGACUCGAAGCCCAAGGAAUCGAGCGGCAAGGGGAAGGGAAAGCAGGCGGCCUCUGCAGCCGAUGAUGGCGCCUCGAAGGGUAAAGGGAAGGCUGGCAAGUCGAGUGACGGGCUCGGUACCUGCACUUAUGUCAAAGCAAGGCAUGUCUUGUGUGAAAAACAAGGCAAGAUAAAUGAAGCCUACAAGAAACUACAAGAUGGUUGGCUAAGCAAUGGGGACAAGGUUCCUCCUGCAGAAUUUGCUAAGAUCGCAGCAGAGUACUCUGAGUGUCCAUCGGGGAAGAAAGGUGGUGAUCUUGGAUGGUUUCCUCGUGGGAAAAUGGCAGGCCCAUUCCAGGACGUCGCAUUUAGUACACCUAUUGGAGCCACCAGUGCACCAUUCAAAUCAACGCAUGGUUAUCACAUCAUUCUGAGUGAAGGGAGGAAAAAUUGACGACGAACAGAAAAUUGGUCUGAGUUUUUCCAGUUACAGGAGAAGCUCAAACUGUUCUAGUCAGGGCUUUAACCAUGAACUAGGUUGCUUUCUCUUGUGGGUUUGUUUUAAGUUAAACUUCCGACUUAAAAGAGUUGUAAAUCAUAACAAGUCACAUUGAAGGUGAACUAAGAUCUUGUGGAGGCUGGUGCUAUUGAUUCU